GUGUACUCGUACAGGAGUCAUCUUAGACGCAAGCACAGCAAUAUUGAUCUAAAGUCACCUGAUCUUGGGGUGAUUGAAGUUACCAAUGUCCAACAUGAACCAAUAAAUGAUGGUGGAUUAUAUGAACAUGAUGAAGAAAUUAACAAUGAAGAUGAUUAUUCCAUUGAUGCAUUGAGAAAUCGAAAUGCACAAUUUAUCCUAAAAACUAAGGAAACUAAUCUUUUAACACAAACAUGUGUGAACAAUAUUGUCGAGGACUCAACCCAGCUUGUUCGAGGAACAGUAAAGACUAUUAAGAGUAGCUUGCAAGAUUGUCUGGAGAAUGCUGGCAUAGAUUUUGAAGCUGUUCCUGGUCUGAAUGAGCUUUUUGAAGAAGAAAACCCAAUAUCCAAUCCAUUCGAACAUGUGUCUACAAAAUAUCAGCAGAAUGCCGAUUAUGAAGAACACUUUGGGCUAGUUGUAAGUUCUGUUUAAGAAAAAUAUAUCCUGUUCUAGUAAGGUGUAGCAAGGCUAACGAAGAAAUUAAUUUCUAACACAUUGCUAGGGCCCUCAUUGAUAAUCUGGUGCAACAGAUAUGACUGGCAAUUUUUGGUGUGUUUGUUAGGUUGUUGCCUUCAUUUUAUUAAUGUUUACCCUGUACAUUUCGAUCAUAUAGAAACCCAGGCGAAUAACAGUUGGGCACAGUACUACAAAGAGAAGAUGUGGGACCAGAUAUAAGGAGGUCAUAAAAGAUGAUGAAAUUGUAUACAUUCCAGUUCUUGAAUCUUUGGAACAGAUGCUUAAUGUUGAUUCAAUACUUAAAGAGGUAAAGUUCACUCAUGAAUUGCCAUUCCUUCAGGAAAUAUAGAAUACUUCGACUAUCACCACUGAAAAUGUAUCCCCCCAAUAAAAAAGAAAUUAUCUGUCCCUAAACCCAAUGACUUAGAGAAUGGCUAUCAAAUCAAAUUAUCACUUUGAAUUGUUCUUCUGUUUUUCAAUUACUCUUAUCUUGUGUUUACAAGAUGAUAAUAAUGGUUUUUAAAAUUACAGUAUUAGCAUGUUCUAAGGCUUUUAAUUUUUAGGUCCAGAAUGGCUACCAGCGUCAACACAAAGAUGAUGGUUUCAUUGAGGAUGUUUGUGAUGGCUUGUUGUUUAAAACCCAUCCUUUGUUCUCCAAUGACCCAACAGCACUACAGUUAUUGCUAUACUAUGAUGAGUUAGAAAUUUCAAAUCCACUUGGAACCAAGGCUGGAAAGCACAAAUUAGGUAAGCAACAAUAAUUGAUCACUUAUUGAUACUUAAUUAGCCUGAGUAUCGGCCUUGAUAUUGGGAAAGAGAGCUUGACACUACUGUAAAUCCUUCCAUGAGCUUUCCACCCACUGGUUCUGCUUCGAGAAUAGCAGUGCGCUGUGCAAAUAUAGAAUGGGUACAGUUUCUUAUAUAAUAGUAUAUUCAUGUUUCAAACUUUUCCAUUAUUUAAUAGGAAAGUGAAGUAUACCAUAAUAUUUUAUUGUUAGGGGUUGUUUACUACACGCUUGGGACCAUUGAUCCCAAGCAUAGAUCACAGUGUGAUACCAUUCAGCUAUUGCUAAUUGCAACUACACCUAUUAUAAAGAAAUAUGGCAUUGAUGCUCUAUUGGAGCCAUUUAUGAAUGACCUUGAGUACCUCGAACAAGUAAGUCAAAGUUUAUCAUCACGCUUGUAAGUAACAAUCUAAUUGUUGGUUUAUCUCCUGUCCUUCAGUCACUAUUUGUCUAAUUUACCACAAAAUGAAAUACGGUAAUGUGUUUUUUUAACUUGAGAUUUUUGUUUUAGGAUGGUGGUUACCAGUUUACAGUCAAGGGUGAACCACUUUCACUAGCUGGAACGAUUGUGCUUGUGUCUGGAGACAAUCUUGGGUCUCAACUUAUUGGAGGCUUCAAAGAAGGCCAUGGUGCAUUCCUCAAGUGUCGACAUUGCAUGGGCACUGCAGAUGAAAUUAAGCGAAUGGUAAAUAUGUCUAAAAAUGCAUAUUAUGUUUAACACCAUCUUCGUCUAAACUCUAAUGCCAGACGAUUUUACUCAUCAAUGGUAGGGUACCGCCAGUAAAUGGGUUAUUUUAAAUGUGUUAAGCCACGUUUACACUAGAGACAUAUAUGUACCUUACCUAGGACUGACCUAGAACAGUUAGUCCUGCAGUGUAAACACACUAGGACUGACCUAGGACCGACUCAUUGUAAGACCAUGUUUUCAGGCCAAGCAUUAGAGGUGGCCUGAAAACAUGGUCUUAGGUCAGUCUCAGGUCAGGCCUGCAGUGUAAACACAUUUUCACUGACCCAAGACUUGCUCGAGGCUAAUUUCCAUGACAACAACGUAAAUUUGAGUCUUUCGUGUCAUCACUCAGCGGAUGUAAUUCUCUACUUUGUACAGUAAUUGAUUUUGCAUGUAUAUAAUGGCCAAUUCAAUGGGACUUGGGUCUUUAGUUAGGUAACAAAUGUAAACACACCGUGUAAAGCUUGGCUAGGUACUUCUCAGGUACAGGUACAUAUCAGGUAAAUGUCAGUCUCUUAGUGUAAACACGGCUUUAGUGGGCUUCAGGUUAUCAUUAUACUAACUUUAGUCAACAGGGCAAACCAAUGACCAUGGGCGUACCGGAAGGAAAAAAUUAGGGGGGCGGAAAGAAAAUUGCCCGACUUUUCGUGAAAUUGCCCUACUUUUCCUGAUUUUGCCCGACUAAAACCUAAAAUUUUUUCCCGGAAUUUUUUUUUUUGGCGAACUCCUCCCCCCCCCCGUCGCCAAAAAAAUUUCGGUCAGUGUACCAUUUAAGGGGUCAAAAACUUUUCCGGACAUACCAAAAAAACUACAUUUGCCACAAAAUUGACUAAAUUUUCGAAAAAAAUGACACAAUUUGUCCGAUUUUUUUUCAUAACAACCUAAAAUUGCCCGACUGUUAAUCGAAUAUUGCCCGACGGCGGUAGCCCCCCCCCCCCGCCCCCUCCCCGCCCGGUACGCCUAUGCCAAUGACUAAAUGCCUGUCAUUCAGAAUUCAAUGCUUUUUUGUAAAAGCCAUUUACAAUGGCAUAUGCAGUGUAGCAGGCAUUAACUUUAACAAAAUGUUCUGCAUCGUUGUUAUUCCUUUAGUUUUUAGAGAAGUAUUUUACUCUGCGCACACCUGCUGGUCAUAACCAUCAAUGUCAACUCAUUGUUGAAAAUCAGGAGCUGAGUAAAACAUAUGGCGUUUGCAGACGAUUCAACUGAUCCAGGGUGAGGUAUUUCUCCUUCAAGAUAAACUCCUUUAGCAUUUCUUUGCACUCAUACUGAAGGACGCCUUCAAGCACAUCAUGCAUAGCAUCACCAGGCAAACCAUCAGCUACAUGAUAAUAUCGCGAGUUACAAAGCACAGAUGAUAGAAUGACACAGUUUGAUUAUGGCUACUUUAAUGAUAAAAAUAAGCCAUCGCCUAUAAGCCGCCAAACACUGAAGAGUGACAACAAUAAUCUCAAACAGAAAGGUCAGUGAGAAUUUUUUGGUUAUGUCAAUAACCAAACAUAGCUGAAAGACAGUAUUGUUAUUCAGCUAUACUAUUCAAAUGCUUGGGGGUAUCACCAAUCCCCCUCUAGUAUCCACAAAACAAUGCUGUAAUGUUCUCUACCCUGUUGGUUUCUACUGUAUAUAAUUCCAUUGUACAUGCUGCAUUCUUUCUUCUCACUUAUUUCCUUGAUUUGUUUGUUUUCAUAAUAAAUUGUAUAAAUUUCUACUGUAGCAAGACAAAUGUGGUGCCUUGGAAAAUUUCUUCCCUUGAUUAUUGGCAGUUCAAUUCCUGAUGAUAAUGAGAAAUGGCAACAUUUCCUGUCGCUACUCAAAAUUGUUGACAUCGUAUUUUCACCAAUCACAAGUGUUGAUGACCUUGGUAUUCUCGAAAGCUACAUUGAAGAUUUCUUGUGGCAGUUUACCCACAUCUAUCCGGGACGAUCAGUGAUUCCCAAGAUGCACUACUUGGUUCACUAUCCUGCACAUAUUUACAGGUAAGUAAGUACUGUAAGGCCCGGUUUAGACGGCGAACUUUUCAUGCGCCGAAUCUAAUGCAAGGAUUAAGUGCGACGUUGGAGCGGCGUCUAAAUCAAUUAAGUUCGGCAGGUUUUGAUUAAGUUCGACACGACUCGAAGAUGCGACAGGACAAGUCGUAUAUGCGACACAGGUUCGACAUUGAUUUAGACGCCGUGCUUUUCAUGCGCCGAACCUAAUGCAUAAUUAUUUUUUAACAUCAUAAUAUGAUUAUCAUAUAUUUGCAUUGUAAAUAUUUUCAAUAUAAUGUCUUCGCAAUUUGGUUCGGUGCAAUUAAGUUCGACGUCUAAAUCAGUUUCCCGUAUUUUGCCGUAUCUACGACAAUUAGAUUCGGCGCAUGAGAAGUUCGCCGUCUAAACCGGGCCUAAGUAGCCCUGGUAUGUGUCUGAGAGCUACUGUAAGCUGAAUUGUGAAGGACACAGCCCAAUGUGACUGAGUUGAAGGCUUUUUAGGUGCAUAUUGCAGUCGCCUUUUUCUCACCAUCGCGGAGCACAGCAACAUUCCCUGUCAGCAUUCCCUGUUGUAGGCAACAUUCCCAGUACUUGGUUCUUGAAUGUUACAGUAUAUGAAGAACCUAUUGGGUGCACUUUCAAUUGCAUGUAACCCAGGCCUGCUACUAUUACUGUAACCUCCUGAAGCCCACUCCAAAUACCAGUAGUAUUUAACAUGUUCUUUUGUAUGUUUUAAUGAAGGUUUGGCCCUAUGGUGAGGAGUUGGUGCAUGCGAUAUGAAGCCAAACACAGCUAUUUUAAAAGAUUGGCGUCAUACUUAGGGAAUUUUACCAAUGUUGCUCUAAGCUUGGGAGAACGUCAUCAAGCACGUAAUUGUUAUCUUAUGAGUUCGCAGAAUGGUCAAACUACAAAUGAACCUUUAGCGAAGAAACCUAAGAUCGGUAAUUAAUUUAAAAUGUUAAUUAACCCUUUAAGUGCCAAUGCACCCUACUUUAUUAUUUUACUAUGUCUGACACCAGACGAUUUUACUCGUCAGGGGGAUAGUGCUGCCGCUCAAUGGGUUAAUCAGACUAUCUGCCCAUACACCCUGUUAAUUACCCUUUAAGUGGCAAUGUGCCCUACUUUAUCAUUUUACUCUGUCCUAUGCCAGAUGAUUUUACUCGUCAGGAGGAGAGUGCUGCUACUCAAUGGGUUAAAUUUAUCGAUUUCUACUUUUAAUGAAAAUCUUGUUUGAGAUAAACAUUGAACUAUUGUAUUCUCCCAAUUAAUUUCUAUAGUCUGGAAAACAAGUUGUUGCUGGCAAUACUGGACAUUUUGAUGUGUUGAAGGAGAAAGAACCAUCCCUUGCUGACACUGAUAUCUUGUGCAAGUAAGUAAACAGAUUUCAGUGGCAUUAUAGAUGCCAUAUAUUAAAACUGUCCCAGAUCAAUGCAGGUGGUGGUGGUGGUUUGGCGGGGGGGGGGACGUCUUGAGAUGGGGAGUUUGCUUAGACAAUGUUUUAUUUAUUUGUUGCAUAGAUAUUUUUAAUGUUUACCAAAGAGUGAAAACUUCAGGCAAUACCCUACCAAAUUCUCCCCUCCAAAGUUGGGUUUACCCACUUUCUUUCAUCGUGCCUUAGGCCUACAGUAUGUCGAUGUGUUAAAUUCAAUUUUUCAUUGCAUUGUUUAGGCCAAGAACUGUUUCACUCCAUGGCACAAGUUACAGAGUUGGUGCUAUUGUGUUUGUUGGGUAUGUUGAUGAGCUUCCUGCUUUUGCAUCCAUUCAAGGAAUUUUCGUACUUGGUGCAAAGAAGAUUUAUUUUAUUGUGAAGAAACUUGAAACAAUAAUGUUUUCAAGCCAUUUCCACUCCUACGAGGUGGGACGACCAGUACAUGCAGAUGUAUUUGUUUUAGAGCCAGAGAAGUUGAAGGUAUACCUCCCAAUGCACACAGUAAAGGCAUCCACAUGUCAAAACGGUCGAUUGUAUGUGACACCCAGAUAUCUUCCGCCAAAAACGAUGUGA